CUGGAAUCACUUUACAACCUUUAUUUCACAAUUCCACCCACCGCCUUGAACUUUCUCCCCACUGACACGUGCAUCGACGCAGAGUCAUGGCAGCUGCAAAGCCCAAAGGACAGAACUCUCUAGCCCUUCACAAAGUGAUCAUGGUGGGCAGUGGAGGAGUGGGGAAGUCAGCCCUUACUCUCCAGUUCAUGUAUGAUGAGUUUGUUGAAGACUACGAGCCUACUAAAGCAGACAGCUACAGGAAGAAAGUAGUGCUGGAUGGGGAGGAGGUGCAGAUUGACAUCCUCGAUACAGCUGGCCAAGAGGACUACGCAGCCAUCCGGGAUAACUACUUCCGCAGUGGCGAGGGUUUCCUCUGCGUAUUUUCCAUCACAGAAUUGGAGUCCUUCGCAGCAACAGUAGACUUCAGGGAGCAGAUUCUGCGAGUGAAGGAGGACGAAAACGUGCCGUUCCUUUUGGUCGGUAAUAAGUCAGACUUGGACGACCGAAGGCAGGUGAGCGCAGACGAAGCGAAGGCACGUGCAGAGCAGUGGGGGGUGUGCUACGUGGAGACUUCUGCCAAAACCCGUGCCAACGUAGACAAGGUGUUUUUUGACCUCAUGAGAGAGAUCCGGGCACGGAAAAUGGAAGACAGCAAAGAGAAGAACGGGAAGAAGAAAAGUAAAAGUUUGGCGAAGAGAAUUAGAGAGAGGUGCUGCAUUUUAUAGUGGUGAAAGUAGAGCAGGUCCAGCUGCUUUAUGUACAUAUACAUUUCUCAGACUUUUUGCAAAUGUUUUGUUUGUGCCCAGACCUGACCAUGACUUUUUGUUCCUGGCUAGCAGAGCAUCUGUGUCAGGAAGUAGUAAAGGUGGCACUUCAUACACCAUUUAUAGCUCUAACUUUUUAUGUGCUGACACUCCCAAAUAAUUUAUGAUUCACGUGCUCAUGUAUUUUCUUACUCCUGACUACAUUUUAGAGUUUAUUAGAUGAAUGGAGUUUUGAAUUUAGGCCUAAGCUUGCCAAAAAGCUAAGCCCUAAAAACCUUUCAUUGUAAAAAUUAGGUGUUUAAAAUAUGUUCCGACAGCUGUGAGGUGGAAGUUUGAGCGAAAAGGAUAUAAAAGUUUUAAAAGGAGAAAAAUGUAACUGGAGCUUCAUAUUGGGGAAACCACAAUCUAUAGAAUGAAAUUUGUUAAAACUCAACAGUUUAGUGUGAAUCCUCCAUUCAUCAGGGGCCAAAGAGUAAAUGUAAACUGCACUGAUGAGUCUGAGGAGGAUUUGAACUAAAAGACGUUUGUUUUCGGAAACUUGUGCCCAAAUUUAAUGCUGUUUCCUAAUAGUUUUACACCUUUAUAAAUGAUAUGUAGAAGCAUUAUUUUUGUCUGUGUAGUCAGUUUUUUCCUUCUGUUUCAAAUCAAAAUAUGAAAAAAAUAUAUAUAAUAAGUGCACUAAUGUCUCCCCCUUAGUCACUUUGUCCAUUGAAAAUGCACAAACUACAUUAAUCUUUACCCUUAAACCUGAGAAAGAUUUAGCAACACUUGAACUUUAUUUCACUUUUAACUUUUAUUUAGUUUUACCCUACUUGGCUAAUGACUUCCAUUGCCUUUUCUGUGUCCGAGGAAUCCCUGGUGCUCUGAUUUAAAAAAAGAAGAAAAAAAAGGUGAUUCCAUAAACACUACAUCUUUACAGGCCGCUCUGACACUGACAAAACAAUUUGCUUCCAGACAUGUAAAGAUUUUUUUUUUAUUGAUUUCGAUUUUUUUUUUACUUGCCUCAGACCUUUAAUCAGCUUUGUAUUCCCAUCUUUUAUGUUUGURUUUUAAUGUACCAUUCUCUGUCGGAGCUGUCUGAAAACGUUCCUGUCAGUCACCAAAGAAAACUCUUCGCUUGUACAAAUAAGUGCCCAGUUAUCGAUUCUGGUGAAUGAAAACUUGUUAUUACGAGGAUGAAAACAUCAAGAACUACAUAGUUUGCGUUAAAAAAAAGAAGCCCAACAAGGUUAAGUAAAUCAAUUUAAAUCUAGAUCACGUGAACAAAGAAAAACAAAGUAGAAAAAAAAACACAAGGUUACGAGGGCUUUAGGAAUUCUGUGCAGUGUGUCACUGUUGCCUCACCGUCCAUCGCAAAAGUGGUUAAUCCUCCUCCUUUACUCAUCCUGUAAUCUUGGACUACCAGAGCUGUGCAGAGUUUACGCUGAUUAGUCUUUUUGCCACAGUUUGUGCCAGGUUGUGUUCAAAAGUGAUAAUAUUUCAAAAACAGAGUGUGUUCAUGUUUGUUUGUUUUUUGUUUGUUUCCUUGCACUUGUAGUUGACUGACUUUUAAAGCAUACAGCAUAAAAAUUAACAGAAAAUACAAGAAUUAUUUCUAACUGACAGAAGAAAACACUAAAAAUCUUCUAAAAUUAUUCCAAUAUAACUUCGAGUGAAAGAAAAACAACAAAUGCCAUGUCAUCUUUCAUUGAACAAAAACGCAGUCAAAGUGGAAAAAACUAAAUCGACCUCAUGACUCAGUAGCUUUAAGAACCACCUUUAGCGGCAAUAACUUCUAGUAGUUUCCUGUGGGGUCUUUGACAAGACGUCUUAGUUCGGGACUGAAGGCCUCCACUCUGUCCGAAGCCGAACAGUCGACCCGCGGUCACGUGGUUAUUCUGCGUUGGUUUUGGCGCACACACUUUCAUAGCUCCUGAGACACACAGAGGCAGCGAGGAGGUUGAAGCCUUUGUGCCAUAAAAUGAGGUAGCAAUAGAGUCAAAACAAAUCCGACGUGAAACUCUAAGCUGCUGCCGCGUUAACCACAAUGAAAAUCGCUGAACUGAGUUACUCUAUCGUGUUUUAUAAAUGAUACUCGCGAGACGUCUGUUGCACAUUUAAUGCGUUGUGCUUGAUGUUAACCCAGCUGAGUUCUGAUCCAUUCCUCUUUUGGUUCUGUCACGCUCGCUUCAUUUAUGAAAGCUCACAUCUGUGCGGGACGUAGCCGGCUACUUCUGUGAUUUAUGAAAGGCCAGACAAAGCAAAAAGAUAGAUGGCUUUUUAUUGCCAAUUCCCAAAAUUGUUUUGUAAAAGACCCUGAAGACUGCUAAAUGCCCAGGUCUUGUGUCUGCAAAACAAGCCCGAAUCAUCAACCCUUUGCCACCCUGCCUGACAGUUCUUAUGAGGGGUUUGUGCUGAUAUGCAACAAGAGUCUAAGUUUUUCACACACAAAUCUACUAUUUUGCUGACGUUUUUGUUUAACAUAAGAUGACUUGCUGACUUGUUUUUUUAAUACAUAAAGUUAGAUUUUAAUAAUUUUCUAACCUGUAAAGACCAGAUAGUUUAUAUUAUGUACUGCUAUGUAGUUGAAAGAAUUGAAAGGGAGGGCAUUUUGUCUUAAAUCCAACAUCCAUCCAGAGGUCCCCCCCACCAAGUUCCAAUCUCAUUGGAACCAUUAACAUAAGAGGAAAUGUGUGGAGUCUAUGCAAAAGGAGUGUCUUGGAUGCAAAGAAGAAAUGUGAAACUUAGAAACAUUUCGAAACACUGCUGGUGUGUUUAAACUACCUUUUUCAAAGGCAUGGUGCAGAGGUGUUUCAACUUGAAUGCGCUGAAGAAAUCAAACAUCGUCUUGAGUUAUCUUCUUCAUCAGACGGAUAACACUGUUGUUUGGGUUUCCUCAGUUGACAGUUCAGUGUCUUAAAAUGAAGCUUUGGUAUUGUUUGUUUCUUAAAAAGCACACAUAGGAAUAAUUUGGAACUAAAUGAGGUCAAUCCCAACAUUAGAGUACAUGUCAAGCUGUUUUAGGUGUUCAAAGGGCUAACCUCCAGUGGAUCACACUGACUGAACCCUUCCUAAAUGAUAGGAUGAUAGGCACAGAAACUGACUCACAAUGUAAUGAUUAUUAUGACAAACCUUAGAGUUUAUUUACAUGUGUCAUCAUAGUUAGUUACUGACCAUCAUCAUGCUUGCUUACUGUAAUAGCCUAACUUUUUUUUCUUCAGAGGAAAUCAUUACAAAAUUUUACUGUUCUGCUUUGUUUUUAUGUACAGUAUAAUCUGUGACAAUGGCCCGGAUCUUUUAAGUAAGAUGCUAAAACUGAUGUUUGUGUGAAAGCUAUUAGCGGACUGUCCUACUGAGUUAUCAAAUAAUUUGUUUUUGCUUUUUAUAUUAAUACCCUUGGAACACAACUAGAUAUAUGUCUGUGUUUGGAUGUGGUUGUAUGUACGCCAUGACUAAAAUGUUUCCUUCAUAUUUGCUUAUUUUGAGCAUAACCACUAAUGUAGCCUGUUUGUGAAUGCGAGAGGUGAAGCUUACAUUUCAGAUCUUUUUUUAUUUUUAUUUUAGUUUGUGUGAGUUGUUUGAAAAUGGCAAAUAAAGUGGAUAUUACUAAUAACACGUGAAA